AUGAGAGAGGAUGAUAUGCCGUGUUGCCAGGUCGAUUUCUGGGUGUUUAUAGUGAUCAGUUUGAUCCUUGUGUCACUUGCUGGUAUUGCAUCUGGCCUUGCAUUAGGACUCUUGUCUUUCAGCAAAAUUGAUCUUGAGGUCCUCAUUAGGUCUGGCCAACCCAAAGACCAGAAGAAUGCAGCAACAAUUCUGCCUCUUGUUAAGAAUGAGCAUCUACUGUUAUGUACCCUCCUCAUAGUCAAAUCACUGGCAAUGGAGGCACUUCCCAUUUUUGUGGACUCAGUUCUCCCCGUUUGGGCUGCCAUUCUUGUGUCCGGCACGCUUGUAGUUGCAUUUACAGAGAUUAUUCCUCAAGCUGUAUGUUCUCGAUAUGGAUUGCCUCUUGGUGCAAAAGGGUCUUACUUGGUACGAUUACUUUUGGUGGUCUUUUUCCCCAUAGCAUACCCUUUCGGUAAGCUGUUGGAUUGCCUCCUUGGAAAAGAGCCUUCUGCGCUCCUAAGACGAGCAGAGCUUAAAACAUUGGUGGAUCUUCAUGCAAAUGAGGCAGGGAAAGGUGGAGAGUUGUCGCAUUAUGAAACUACGAUUAUUGGUGGCGCUUUGGAUUUGACGCAGAAGACUGCUGAAGAUGCAAUGACUCCAAUAUCAGAAACUUUUUCCCUUGACAUAAACUCCAAACUUGACAUGAAUACACUGGGUUCAAUCAUGAGCAGAGGUCACAGUCGUGUACCAAUCUAUUCAGGAAACCCAAACAAUAUCAUUGGCCUCAUUUUGGCAAAGAAUUUAAUCUUCUGUCGCCCUGAAGAUGAAACCCCAGUUAAGUACAUGACAAUCAGAAGAAUUCCAAGGGUUUAUAGCAACUGGCCUUUAUAUGAUAUACUGAAUCAGUUCCGGAAAGGCCACAGUCAUAUGGCUGCUGUGGUGAGGAAUAAGAAGGAUGUUAAUAGACAAAGGGAAAUAGAUGCUAGGAGUUCAAGAUUAGAUUCAAUACGAGCAGAGAGCAAAGGUAACCAUCUGAGUAAAACCAUAGACAUAUCCUCUAUGUAUUCGAGUGAAAUUACUGAAUACAGCACUCCACUAUCAGAACAUGUCAUGGAACAAGAUGAAGAUCUUACACAAACACAUUACAAGCGCCAUAAAAAGCAGGGCGGUGGAAAUGUAUCGAAUGAAAGUGUAGGAUCUAUUCAAAGUCACUUAGAUGAAGAGGUAAUCGGAAUCAUAACAAUGGAGGAUGUUAUGGAGGAACUGUUGCAGGAAGACAUACUGGAUGAAACAGAUGAGUAUGUGGAUGUGCAUAACAAAAUUAAAAUCAACCUGCUACCUUCAAGACGAUCAUCACCCUCAAAAUCACAUAGAACUAAGUCUCCAUCUCAAAUCUAUUGGAGAAAUCUGGAGGCCUCUCCUCUAUCUUCGACAUACAAUAGUCCUAUACUCCGUUCUCCCAUAAAUUCUGCAUACAUUCAACCACCUCCUAUCUUCAUCACAAGACCUACUUUGUAUCCUUCCCCUGCUAAAUCAUCACUCAAUACCAGUUCUCCACAAGCUGCACCGUUUGCAGGCUCUAUUCGUGCCUCGCCGUCCUCACAUCGAGUGAUUGAAAGCGGAGUAGUUGAAAACUUGAGACUGACUGUUUUGGCCGGCGAAAUGAGCUCGGAGAGCGGCGGCCGGAGCGUUCUUGCUCCGCCGGAAUGUAACGCACAGGGACUCUCCAAACUGUCAAAAAUCAGAUAUACAAGGUCUUUUCUAGUCUCGUUGGCGAAUUCAAGAACAGAAACAGGAUUACUUGAACCGUCAGUUCUAAGUGAACUUGAUAGUCGAUUGGAGCGGCCAUGGGUAACUUCUCAUGAUUCAGAUUCUAAGAGUUGUCAAGAGAACUUAGAUAAAGGGCUGCUUAGAGUUUUAUCCAAAUCCAGGGAACCAAAAACCAUAUUGGGACUUGGAUGUGGAUGCAGUAUUUUAUCACCUAUUGCCUGUCUUAAGGGUACCAUUAUGGUUUUUGGUUGCCUGGAUUUGGAUAAAACUCAAAAUCACCUUGUAGAUCUUGUGUUUAAUUCGGGCGAGGAUGAUUCAGACUUGGUGCCUACCGAGACCGUUCGAAAGAUUCUUCAUAAGGAUGAGGACUUCUAUAUUGCAAGACCAUCAUUAAGUUUUUUUUUUGGUAAGCAUUGUCUGUUGAAAGAAUCAAUCCGUGUUCCUGAGGAAGAGCAAGCGGAUUCAGAAGACGAACUAGAAGAUAUUGAUUCUGAUGAUGACCCAGGAUAUGUGUUCAUAGAUAACACAAUGUAA